GUGGCCUUAUAAAUAAAAUCGGACAUCACAAUGCCGCCAAGUAGCCUACGAGUUGUGUACGCGUUCGCUAGAGAAAUGCACCCAAAAACCACUGAUGUAGUCAUUCAAUAUGGGACCGCUGGAUUCCGAACAAAAGCCAGUUUACUGGAACACGUCGUGUAUCGCAUGGGCUUGCUCGCUGUUAUCCGCUCGCGGGCGCUGAAUGGCCGCACGAUCGGGAUGAUGAUUACGGCUUCGCACAAUCUGGAGCCCGACAACGGCGUAAAGCUGAUCGAUCCUGACGGGGAAAUGCUGGAGCAGAGCUGGGAGGAGAUCGCCACCAGACUCGCCAAUGUGAGCGACAACGAUUUAGAAACGACUACGGGCGAGAUCAUCAAGCAGGUCAACGCCGAUAUGUCCCUUAAAGCUCAAGUUUGCAUUGGAAUGGACACCAGAUACACGAGUCCGCGUCUAGCAGCGGCGGCGGUCCACGGCGUAAUGGCGUUGAAAGGAACAGCCCGCGAGUUCGGCAUAGUCACUACACCGAUGCUGCACUACUGCGUCAAAUGCCGCAACGACAACAGUUACGGCAUACCCACUGAAGAAGGUAACUGCAUCUCUUUCACUCCUAUACAAAAUUACUAA